AUGUCCCCAGCAUCGGCCGCCACGGCCACGGCCACGGCCACGGUCAGCGCGAGCGCAACUCCGGGAAACGAAGCGGAGAGCCCCCGCGAGGAGGAAAGUGGGACGCCGCUCUCACAGCCCCCUCUCCAGCAGCCUUAUCAGAACCAGCAGCACCUCACCAACCAAAAAGGAUUCCCACCACAUUACCGCCUGAAAAGCCCAGCAGAAACCGUGCAGGCCAUCAGCGCAGCCGCGGUGUCCUGCUACAGGCUGGUGCUGGCACUAAGAGACUCUGGAGGCAUGGCUAGGCAGAGGGCCACACGCAGCAGCUCAUGGGCAGACAGGAUCAGGCCAUUAUCAUGGUUCUGUACCCAUCUUUCCUGGCAGGGUGGAGCUCAGGGGGGCUCAUGUGACAAGCAGCGACCCCAGAAGCAAUCCCUGAGCAAAGCCCUGUGCCGCGAAUCACACUGGAAAUGCCUUCUCCUCACUUUGCUCAUGUACGGCUGUGUGGUGGCCAUGACCUGGUGCUCGGUUACGAAGGUGACUCGUCUCACCUUCGACAGUGCUUUCAAAGGGAAGUCGAUGAUGUACCACGAAAGCCCUUGCUCCAAUGGCUACAUCUACAUCCCCGUGGCCUUCCUGCUCAUGCUCUAUGUGGUCUACCUGGUGGAGUGCUGGCACUGCUACAUCCACAGUGAGCUGCAGUACAAGGUGGAUCUUGAAAGCAUAGCGGAACGGGUACAGCGGAUGCAGCAGGCCACCCCUUGCAUCUGGUGGAAGGCCAUUAGCUACCAUUAUGUACGCCGGACAAGGCAAGUGACCCGCUACCGCAAUGGAGAUGCCUACACAACCACGCAGGUUUAUCACGAGCGGGUCAACACGCAUGUGGCGGAGGCUGAAUUUGACUACGGGAACUGCGGGGUGAAGGACAUUUCCAAGCAGCUGAUGGGUCUGGAGGGGUUCCCCAUCACCAAACUUCGCUUCACCAAGUGCUUCAGCUUUGCCAACGUGGAGUCAGAGAACUCUUACCUGACGCAGAGGGCCAGGUUCUUCACAGAAAAUGAAGGUCUGGACGAUUACAUGGAGGCACGUGAAGGGAUGCACCUCAAAAAUGUGGAUUUCAGGGAGUAUGUGAUGGCCUUCUCUGACCCUGACCACUUGCCAUGGUAUGCGAGGCACUGCAUUUUCUGGAUUGCAGCUGCAAUGACGCUUUCCUGGCCCUUGCGGGUCUUGAUGGAGUACCGUACAGCUUACCUUCACUACCAUGUGGAGAAGCUGUUUGGCUUUGAUUAUGUCCCUGUCACACCUUUGGACGAGCGGCCGUAUUGCCGGCACAUCCCUCGAGUCAACACCAUCGACAGCACGGAGCUGGAAUGGCACAUCCGUUCCAACCAGCAGCUGGUGCCCAGCUAUUCAGAAGCCGUGUUAAUGGACCUUGCCCAGCUUUCAGCCUGCAACACGUAUUCCUCCCGCAGAGUUAGCGGCUACCGGCAGAACUGCGAGCGUUGCCACAGGGCCAUCAGUAGCUCAUCCAUUUUCUCCCGCAGCGCCCUCAGCAUCUGCAACAACAGCAGCAGCCCCCGCCUGCCCUUCAGCGGCAGCCGCUUCUCUCUGGGACGACUCUAUGGCUCCAGACGAAGCUGCCUGUGGAGGAGCCACAGCGGCAGUCUGAAUGAUCCGGGCUGCCCCACUGAAAGCACACGCUGCCUGGCAGGUCGUCCUGGCCAAGAGGAGGACAACCCACCCUCACCUCCGAACUAUCAGGACGCUCUGUACUUCCCUGUGCUGAUAGUGCACCGCAACGAAGGAUGCCUCAACCAUGACCACCGCUCACUGCAUCGCAAUGGCUCAUGCGUGGAGACAUCUUUAUGACCCAUGCUUGAGGUUUGCAAAGCGUUGAUGUUUGCUUGGAAUUUCACUGACCUUCUGGUUGGGGGCAAGAGUAUGAUCACAUCUUGACCUACCGACUGAAUGCAACACUACUUGAAUCUUGCAGACAGAUAUAACGGGUUCGUAUUGAGGAAUGUACCUUCAGGGACUGUGUUUGGGUCAGAAUGAAAACUCUUUCCCAGAUACGGAUAAUAAUGAAACAUUUACUCCCUUUAGACUUUAAUAAUGAAUGGAAGACACAUUUCUUCUGGAGUUGCCUGUCUGAGUCAACAAUAUUACCAUAUUGCUGGAUAAUACUGACUUUUUCAGCAAAUACAGGUCCAUCAUAUGCAUAACAAAAAUAUAAGUAGCCAGAGUAUGGUAAUGUUUCUAUCAUUGUAGGUGGUAGAAAUCAUGCUACAGCAUGACGGAAAAAAUUAUACUGCUUAUUCCGUCCCCUGCAGGCAAACUCGUCUUUUUGGCUCGCCUUGUUAGCUUUGGUCAUGGUCCACAGUAAUAUGAGAAGGGAAAAAGAUACAAGUCCUGUGUCUCGUAGAUGACUGUUUUAACACUAACCUUACCUUUCAUAUGUUUUGGUUCAGUGGUAAAUUGUUCCUGUAAAAAGUCUGGGAUAGGCCCUGUCCUGUGCCAGGGGGAAACUCUAGAGUCAGUUUUGAAGUAAAUGUGGAUAUAAUGCUGAAUACGUGAAACUGCAUAGUCUAGCCUCUGGAAUUACUGUGUUUUGUAAAAGCUGAAUUGCAAAAAACUGACCUUUUUUCUCUCUUCCAACCAUGACAUGACAUAAAUGGACAGAUUAGCUAUGUAAGGCAUUUUACCUCAAGCCACUUAUUUCUAAUACAUCUGACUUGUAAAGCAGAGAGAGAACAAAUGCAAAAAAUGCUGGACACGUGUAAAUAUCGCAUCUCCAAAACAGUUUUUCUUCCUCUCCUAUUUAUAACGAUGGAGUCAUUGCUAUGAAUAAUUUAGUGCAGGCAGGCUAAAGGACAUGAGAAGUUGAAACAGAAUACAUCAUCUCAAGACAUUCAAAGGUCUGGGGUGCUGGUGAUCGUAAUUACUGUUAAUAAAUUUACUUUUUAAAUA